UCUUUUUUUGGCAGGGCUCAGUUCUCUUUCUUAGACUUUAAAGUUUUUUGCGAAAUGGGCAUUCUUUUCACGAAACUCUCUCAGCUGCUGUGGUAUCAAGAACAGUUCAAAGUCAUCAUUGUCGGAUUGGAUAACGCGGGAAAGACAACCAUUUUGUACAAAUAUCUCCUGAACGAAGUAGUGGUAACAUCACCAACAAUAGGAAGCAAUGUCGAAGAGGUGGUCUACAAAAACUUGCACUUCUUGAUGUGGGACAUUGGCGGCCAAGAAACGUCGCGAGCAUCCUGGUCCACCUACUACAUGUACAGCAAAUUUGUCAUUCUCGUCGUGGAUAGUACCGAUCGUGAGCGACUGAGCCUGUCGCGUGAAGAACUAUUCUCGAUGCUGGCUCACGAAGACUUGAAACAUGCGAGUUUGCUCGUUUUCGCAAACAAACAAGAUUUGAAAGGCGCCAUGUCGGCCAGCGAAAUUUCCGAUCAACUCAACUUGCACAGUAUCAAAGACCAUGCCUGGCAUAUUCAGGGGUGUUGCGCACUGACUGGUGAAGGAUUGAAUACCGGGCUUGACUGGCUCACCAACCACGUCAAGAGCUGAAAAAAGAAAACCUUGGGCUUGUUUGCGCUUAUCCGAUUUGUGUUUUUCUUGUUCAAACAAAAUGAAACAUCGAUAAUCAAAACAACGCUAUCCAGGCGCCCGC